CCGUUCUCUCUUUGUAACCUAUAUUCGCGCGCACGUGGCGCUGUCGCGGCGUCUUCUGUUUAGUUCGAGCGGCUGAGACAUGAAGGUGAGGCGAGAAGACGCGACGUCCAGGAAGUCGCUCCCGAGAAAAGCUGCCGAGAGCAAACAGAGGAUGAAGCCGAAAGCGGGCGCCAGUCUCGAGAAAGCCGUGAAGAAUGUCAAGCAAGUCUUCAAGAAAAAGAGAGCGGAAGCUAAAGCCGCCAAGAAAAAGGAGACGCGUUUAGUGAAGCCUAAAUGUAAGCAGUUCAAAGCGCAAAACUUGAGACCCAGAGGAGUAGUCUACGUAGGGCACAUACCUCAUGGAUUUUACGAGGAACAAAUGGAAGACUACUUCAAACAGUUUGGGAAUAUAACACGGGUGCGAGUGGCGAGAUCCAAACGAACUGGCAAGAGUCGUGGCUACGGCUACGUUGAGUUCCUUCAUCCACAGGUUGCUAGAAUUGCGGCAGACACCAUGAACAAUUAUCUCAUGUGCGGCCGAUUGUUAAAAGCUACGUAUAUUCCACCCGAGAAGCAGCACUUUGGAUUUUUCUCAGGCGAAAACUGGACAGCGGAUAAAUAUCCUAAACUGAAAAACAGGAAAGAGGUAACGCUGAGUAGAAACAGUCUUCAAAGUGCCGAGGAUCACGUGCGAUACGCUCAAAGCUCGCUCAGUAAACUUUCUGCGUUGGAGAAUAAACUGAAAGACAAAGGAAUUAGCAUGAAGUUUCAACCCGUCGAUGUACCGGAGACGUAACGGAUUACAUUUCAGAAUGUAACUUAGCUUAAUUUUAUUUAUAAGUACUUUAUAUGGUUGAUUAUAUUUGCAUUUAAUGAACAAUAGGAAUCUAUGUGAUACUCUAAAAUAUCUAUAACAUUGUUAUGAUGAAAUUCUAAUCUUCUGUCCAAUUGCAUCUGUAUAAAUUAUUAUGUACAGUCAAAUCUAAACGCAUUGAUUAACGCUCGAGAAAUAUAUGUCACGAUACAAUA